GUUGAUCGUUCUGGGUUUGAAGCACUUUGAGGGGACGGUCCAGUCGGAUCAGCUGAUCAGCACCUACCUGCUCUGUAAGACUCGAUGGAACUUCAGGAAACACAUCAGAGAAAUGAGCGCCACGAGAGCGCCACACAACAACGUCAUCAAGAUGUUCGUGACGCAGGGAAUCGUCCCCCCGCUGCCGCUCGCCUGCAGCAGGGUUCAGCCAGGAGACCAGCGCCCCCCAGUGGACAGAGACACCUCCACAAUGCCAAACUGGCUCAAGAACAGUCAGCUGAUCAUCCAGAAGACCCAGCAGGGCACCACCUGUUACCCACCCUCCCUCCCCCCAGGAUGCAACCUUAGGCUUCACCCCUACUUUGUCAACAAGUCCCGUCCCCCUCGUCCCCCACACAGACGCUUCUUCACCUUGGCCCACAAUGCAUCUCUGCUGCCGCUCGCCAAAGCCCCGGCAAGCAGCAAUUUCGAGGAGCAGCAGGCGUUUGAACGCAGCCGGCGCUUCCUGCGACAAUUGGAGAUCAGCUUUGGAGAUAAUCCGUCACAUUAUCAGAAGAUCAUCAAAGCUCUGCAGACAGGUCCAGAUCUGAGUCCAACCAGCAUCGACGAGCUGAAAGCUCAGAUGGCCACGCUGCUAAAAGGCCACACCCAUCUACAAGCUGAAUUCUGGGUAUUUUUUGACGAGCUCCGCCCACCUCCGGCCCGCCCGGGACAGUUUGAAGAAGCUCAUUGGCCAGAGGAGGGAGGGGGCGGGACAGACGGUGGAGAGGUUGUUGGCCAGGCAUCAGGAGGCGAUCACCUGACACACCUGUCAUACCUGACAUACCUAUCACCUGACACACUUGUCAUACCUUCACCUGACACCUGA